AUGUCCCCUGAAGAAACAAGGGCCAAUUUCCUCGACGAAAAGCCUGGAUCGCCGGGAUUCGGCCUUGGUUCUCUGGAACGAAAUGACCCUAGGUAUGUGUCGGUCGAUGAUCAGACCUACAACGCUGGCGCAACCUACCAUGCUACUGGAGGGUACUACAGAUUUGGCAUCGACACGUCGAAUGGCUCUAUACUUGGACUCGAUCGUCUGGCGCCUGAGAAAGCAGCACAAGAGCGUAAGCCAUUGGUUGGAAAGGAUGGUCUACCGGCGCUUCAGAGGUACUCAGACGUAGUUUGGUUGUUCUGGGCCAGACAGGCCGCCAGCAGAGACAAGCUGAAAUACUUCUUCACGGUCGCCAUCACCAACGAGCAAACGCAACGUGCGAUCCGCCGAGCUUUCAAAAAUGCGAACAAGAAGUACGGUCCAUGGCCUGGCGCGACCUUCGGCACUGAUUCUGACAAAGGCAAGGUCCUCUUGGGCUCUCCUAAUGGUCGUGCGCAUGGUUACUCUCUCGCACAGCACAAGCCCCAGCUUGGAGGGAACAUGUAUAUCUCUAAGAUACAGGUGUUCCACGGUGAGACGGAGCCGUUUAUACCCAACAUAGUGCUACACGUCAAACAGCCAAAGCCAGCUACAGAAAAAUUGGGAACAACGACGAAGGCGAGGGAACGUGGUUUGCGGAAGAAAAGCGCAAAGAUCUGA